AUGUACAGCUACUGUCCACCUCUCAUCUGUGAUGAGCACAAGUUGCAUGGCACUGCUGGCACAAGUGUCAGUGCUGCCCAGGAGUCCUCAGGAGACCACAUGAGACGGGUCUAUAGAACAACAACACAUGUACCACAGGAAUUGGGACAGAUCAUGGAUUCAGAAACGUUUGAAAAAUCUCGUCUGUAUCAGCUGGACAAAAGUACUUUCAGCUUUUGGUCAGGCCUGUAUUCAGAGAUUGAGGGCACUAUGAUUCUUCUCUGUGGAGGAAUUCCUUUUCUCUGGAAUCUUUCUGGUCAGAUGUCUGGUCGUGCUGGGUUUGGACCAGAGUAUGAGAUUCUUCAGUCAUUGGUAUUUCUGCUGCUUGCAACACUCUUCAGUGCAGUGACUGGCCUCCCGUGGAGUUUAUAUAACACAUUUGUCAUAGAAGAGAAACAUGGCUUCAAUCAACAGACACUGGGAUUUUUUUUUAAGGAUGCUUUCAAGAAGUUUAUCGUGACUCAGUGUAUUCUGUUGCCAGUGACAUCCCUUCUGCUUUACAUUAUUAAAAUAGGGGGAGACUACUUCUUCAUCUAUGCCUGGCUCUUCACAUUAGUUGUUUCCCUGGUGCUUGUUACAAUCUAUGCAGACUAUAUUGCACCUUUGUUUGAUAAAUUCAUUCCGCUUCCUGAGGGAGAGCUCAAGCAACAAAUUGAAAUAAUGGCAAAGAGCAUUGACUUCCCAUUGACUAAGGUGUAUGUUGUUGAAGGUUCAAAGCGUUCUUCUCACAGCAAUGCUUAUUUCUAUGGAUUCUUCAAAAAUAAGAGGAUAGUACUCUUUGAUACACUCCUGGAAGAUUAUUCUGCAUUGAACAAAGAGCCAGCAGAAGGAGAAGAUGGUGAGAAUGAAGAGACAAAAUCUAAAACCAAAAAUAAGAAACAAGGAUGUAAAAAUGAAGAAGUUCUGGCUGUACUUGGUCAUGAAUUGGGUCACUGGAAACUGGGUCACACUGUCAAAAAUAUUAUCAUCAGCCAGAUGAAUUCCUUCCUGUGCUUCUUCUUGUUUGCGGUGUUAAUUGGUCGAAAAGAACUCUUUGCUGCAUUUGGUUUCUAUGACACCCAGCCUACCCUGAUAGGCUUGAUGAUUAUUUUCCAAUUCAUUUUUUCACCUUACAAUGAGGUUCUCUCGUUUUGUUUGACUGUGUUAAGCCGACGAUUUGAGUUCCAAGCAGAUGCAUUUGCCAAGGAGCUUGGGAAAGCUAAAGACCUAUAUUCUGCUUUGAUCAAGCUAAACAAAGAUAAUUUAGGAUUCCCUGUUUCUGACUGGCUAUUUUCAAUGUGGCAUUACUCCCAUCCCCCCCUUUUAGAAAGACUUCAGGCCUUGAAAGAUGCAAAGCAAGAUUGA